GUCGCCCUUGGAUCGUAUUGGCGCGCGGCGGGUUGGAGGCGCGAGGGCCGCCUGAGGGGCAGCUCUGGGCGAGACUCUUAUGGCGGCGGCGCUGCUCGCUCGUAUGUUAGCGUCCGUAUAUGUGUCUGGGCCGCGUUGCAUUCUCAGAAGCGGUGUCACUUGUUCACUGGAGAAAUGUUUUUCAAAAUAUACUAGUUCUGACAGUUGUCCAAAGCGUCCUCUGACACCAUACCUUAAUUUUCUUAAGGACCAACGUCAUAUUUACCAGAAAAAAUAUCCAGAACUGAACAGUCAGCAGUUUACAAAACAGAUGGGUCGUAUCUGGAGGGAAUUACCAGAAUCUGAGAAACAACAUUAUGAAGCAAUUGCAAAAGCUGAAUGGGAUAUAUUUAGAGAACAAAUGGCCAAAUAUAAAUCUGGGCUAAGUCCUGUGCAGGAGGCAGCUUUGAAAGAGGAAAGAAGGAAGAAAAGGCAAGGAAAAAAAGAAGCAAAAAUAAAGAAGGAAUUAGCAGCACUUGGAAAACCAAAAAGAAACCGUAGUGCUUUCAACAUUUUUUUUUCUGAAAAUUUCCAAGAAAUUAAAGGCACUUCAAAUAAGGAAAAGUUGACAGCUUUAUCUGAAGAAUGGAAAAACCUGCCCAGUUCUCAAAAGCAGAUCUACUGUCAGCUUGCAGAAGAUGAUAAAAUUCGCUAUGAUAAUGAAAAGAGAUCAUGGGAACAGCAAAUGAAAGAAGCUGGACGUGAGGAUGUUCUAAAUUUUAAAUUCACAAGAACGCGGACACGAAAAAAACCUAUAACAGAACCUUUAAUCUGAAAAUAAAUUCUUGGGAAGCAAUAUUGUUUAAUCAGUAACAAAGAAAACUGGUGCAAGGGUAAACCAGUCUGAAGAAUAAGUUUUAAAAUGUUUUAUUUGUUAUUCCUGACUGCAAGUGAAAAGCAUUUGUGAUUUAUUCAGGGUUAUUCCCUAUAAAUAAGAGUAUUUUACUUUUUUGUAAACAGUCAAGCAUUCAUAAUCAAGUUUGUGGAAAUUUAAGUGAUUGCUAAUCAUGAGAAAGUAGGUUGUUUUUUUCCCCCAAAAAUGUCUAAAUAACCAUUAGCUACAAAUAGUUUUUUUUUAAUUAAAAGAUCUUGAUC